GACAGCACUGCCAAGCUGGGAACCCGGGAGAUGGCAGAGGCUGAGCCCAAGACCGUGCAAGAUCUCACCUCGGUGGUGCAGACACUCCUGCAACAGAUGCAAGAUAAAUUUCAGACCAUGUCUGACCAGAUCAUUGGAAGAAUUGAUGACAUGAGCAGUCACAUUGAUGGCCUGGAGAAAAACAUCGCAGACCUCAUGACACAGGCCGGGGUGGAAAAGCUGGAUGGGGAAAGCAGGAUCGCUGCCACACAGAAGACUUGAAGGUUGCUCAUCUGCUCUGGAAUCUGGAACACCCUUUUUACAAGCCAAGAGAAGCCGGAUAGCUUUUUGCAACUAACUACUCUGUGUAGACAGGUUUUAUAUUAUAAAGUGUGCAUUCUUCUUACCACAUACUAUAGAGUUGGUUUAUAGAGUAAUUUCCCUCCCCUGCCCCCCAUGUUUCCUGAACAUGGUAACUUCACGUCUUGGACCUUGGUCAGUUGUGCUAUUAAACACUAAAACUUUGGCAGUUCCUGCAUACAGUUGUCAAAUUUUUUAGUGUAUUUUUGUGAAGUCAUUUUUUUUCUAUCAUUCCCUUUGUAGUAGUUGCUGUUUGAUAAAAGUUGCUGUGUAA